AUGGCACGCAUACAGCGAGAUGUGAACAGGAAAGGGGUGGGAUGCUUCAAGUGGGCAUGUGGCCGAAGUCAACACUUCCGAAACAUCCCGAAACCUUGCAUUGGCCCAUGGGCACUCUACGGGAAAAGCCCAAGGGAGAUGCCCAAUGGGGCCUUGGACGUCGACUGCUGCGGUUACUGCUUGGCUGCCUGUUUGGUUACCUGUGAAACUCUGAAUUUUUCUGUGAUUUCCUCGAUGGUGACUGUGACGGGCGCUGACAGGCUCGCUUUGAGUUGCUUUUCUCUGUACCACGGGAACAGCCGCCUAUGA